AGCAUGUCAAGCAUGGCCGACACUCAAAGUCAGCGUGGCAACUCCUACAACCGCGGUGGUCAGGCCAUGGGCGGUCGUGGUCCAGGCUAUGGCCAGUCCUUGGCUCGCAACACCACCACCAACUAUCACAGUGGUUACGGUACGCAGCAUGGCCAUACAGCUGCCAACAUGGCGGCAUUGACUUAUGGUCUCCAAGGCAUGAAUCUCCACGAUGCCACUUACUCGAACCAGUCCAAGGCCGCCGCUAUGGCUACUGCUGGCCACCAGUUCAACGGCCUUCCCAUGCCCGCUGCUCUUUGGGGUGCCACCAACCAUCUCAUGUUCCCCGGAGGCCACUCCUACCCUGCUGCCGUCCACCAGCACAAUCCUGGCCUCUACACUCCGAUGGCUGCUCAGUACAUUCCCCAUGGCUACCAUCAGCAGCAGCAGCACGACAACAGUCCUAUGUCGCAGGCUUGGACGCCCAGUCACACAACUGGCGAAGUCCCGACUCUCAUCACUCCACGCCGUGAUUCCAUCUCUUCCAACGAGAAUGACGCCCCUGGCACCCCCUCGUACGCUGGCUACUCUACGUAUCACCAGGUCCCCGGUGUUGCAAUCGUCAACCGUUCCCCAAGCGGCAUGUACACGCAGAGCUCUCCUUCGCCCACUCAGGUCCUCGCCCCCUACGGCAUGCCUUUGUCCAAGAUGGCUGAGCAUCGCAGCAUCUCUCCAAGCCUUCACAUGCUUGUGAACAAGGAGCCUCCUAUCCCUCAGGCCAUCCCAGCCCCCAGCUCUCCUUUGAAGCCACUCGACAGGGCUUUGGAGAACAUCCGCGGCGAAACCAAUGUCUACAUCCGUGGUCUUCAUCCCGAGACGACCGACGAGAUGCUCGAAGGCUGGGGCAAGCGCUUCGGCGACAUCCGCAGCUCCAAGUCGAUCAUCGAUCACUCUACCGGCCUUUGCAANGGGUACCACAACUACGAAGACGCCGAGAACUGCAUCCGCGGCUUCCACUACCUGGGCUAUGAAACCCGCCCACUGACGUUCGAUCCANNGGAAUCUUUCUACUCCAAGCUCAAGACGUUCGCUGAUGAGGGUAACACCAACCUCUACGUUUCCAAUCUGCCCAAGUCUCUGAAUGAGCACGAGCUUGCAUCUGUCUUUACUCCUCACAAGGUCUGCUCGGCCAGAAUCCUUCGCGACAAGAACGGUACUUGUCGUGGAGUCGGCUUUGCUCGUUUCGAGUCCAGAACGGUCUGCGAGGAAGUCAUCAAGAAGUUCAACAACUACAAGGUCAACGUCGGCGGUGAGGAGUACACGAUUCAAAUUCGCUUUGCCGACACCCAGGAGCAGAAGCAGCUCAAGCAGCAGACAGCCGCUGCUCGUCAAUUCCGCUCUGCUGAGUACGAGUAUGCCACUCAGGCCCACAAGGCUGGUUGUUCUUCGAGCCGCGGCUCGUACGCCUCCAACAACGACUUCGAGACCUACAUGACGACCAGUGUGCCUGUCCAGAACCAGCACUGGUCUCAGUCCGCUCUCCGCAAUAUGUCUGGCCGCACUGCUCUUGCUGCCUUGUCUUAUGGCAACAACAUCCAGUACUCUGUUGUCCAGUCCAACGGAGGCGCCAACUCGGAGAACCAGCCUCCUGCUCGCAGUGACCUUGCUGAUUCCAAGUCGGCUACCAACUCUUCGCCAGCAAUUGCUCGUGGCGACCAGAGUGCCGUGGAGUCGACCACCUCGGACGACCAGAUCUCUUGA